UGAAUUUGUAUUUUUUAUAUCUAUUUAUUUAAUGCAAGCAUCAUUAUUACUUAAAAAGUACAAAAACAGGAGAAAAAGACAAAGUAAAGCUCUAUAUAUGGAACCUACAUAAUGGAUCCAGAAGGAGAUGACACACAAGUUAAUGUUGAUAUUUCUGCUGAAACAGACAAGAGAAGAACUGAACAAAUAGAGGUAGACCACACACACAUGGAGCCUGUGGGAGCCCAACAUACUGAGAUAGACAAUUCUGAAAGAAGUCAGGUUAAACAACAAGAAGAGCAACAUCUUAUACAGAUUGUUGCAUCAAAUGAAGAAAUAAACAGGAGAAUAGGGGCCUUGAUAGAACAGAAACAGAGAGAACUUGAUGAAAAUAAUUGUCAAGAAUUCUGUGGUGUACAUCCAGGAUUUCAAGACUUGGAGAACCAGUGUGCUAGAACUGCGGCUGUAUUUGUACCCAGAGCUGGAGGAAAAAGUCACAUCAAAGUAAGUCGUGUUGUGAACAUGUAUGGUCCACAGACUCGUGCACUCGGUCAAAGAGUAAAUGAGAGACCUGACAACAGUGAACAUAAACCAGCAACAAAUAUGAUGGAUGGGAUUGAAGAAAGACUGGCAAACAUGGAGAAACACCUUAAAUUAACAGGAUCCUCUAAGUCGGAUGUAUACAGUAGACUUAAAAAUCUGGAGGAGAGAAUUUUGUUCCUGGAAAGUUUGUCACCAGAGUAUUUUACAUCAGGGGCACCUCCAGUAAAGAGAUCCAGACAGGCUUCAAUACCAGACAGCAGAACCCAUAUAAACCAGGACCUCAGUUUGUCUGAGAUUGAUAUGAGAAUUCAAGCCUUAAAAGAAACAUUACAACAGUACAGUCAGAGAUGACAGUAUAAUUAUAUACUUGAAGUGCAGAAAAACAGAACACUCCUAUCAUAAUGAAAGAGGGGCAACUUGCUGUUAUCAAGCGGAGGAAUAUUUACAAUUCUGCUAGGGAAAUAAAUAGUGUUACUAUAUUGAGAAAUAUUUUCUGUUCUGCAAGGGAGCCAACUUGUUGUUGCCCUGUUGAGAAAUACUUUCCGUUCUGCAAGAGAGGCAACUUGUUGUUGCCAUGUAGUGAAAUACUUUCCGUUCUGCAAGGGAGGCAACUUGUUGUUGCCAUGAAGAGAAAUACUUUCCAUCCUGCAAGGGAGGCAACUUGUUGUUGCCAUGUUGACAAAUAUUUUUUGUUCUGCAAGGGAGGCAACUUGUUGUUGCCAUGUUGGCAAAUAUUUUCCAUUAUGUGGCAGAGGAAUCUGGCGUCAGUCAAAUUGGUAUCUAAGAUGAAUGAUAUGAUGUUAUAUUGACAGUGUUUCAACUUCGAUUUUUUGUCUUCACACAAAUUGAACACAUUGGAAAACAGAUGUUAUUUUGUUUUAAUCACUUAUAAUAUGUAACUGCAUAUAAAUACGUGUAUGAUAUUUCUAAACCUAGAACAUCCAAAAUUCUUUAGAUAACAUGUUGUUUCUGUCAUUCACUUUUAAGACAGUUGCUUACUACUCCCUUUCAUCUGAAAUGUCCUAUAUGAGCCACGUCACAACACAACCAACAUAGUGCAUUUGCGACCAGCAUGGAUCCAGAUCAGCCUGCGCAUCCGCGCAGUCUGAUCAGGAUCCAUGCUGUUCACUAUCAGGUUCUCUACUUGUAAUAGGGUUGGUAAGCGAACAGCAUGGAUUCUGAUCAGACUGCGCGGAUGCGCAGGCUGAUCUGGAUCCAUGCUGGUCGCAAACGCAAUAUGUUGGUUUUGUCGUGACGUGGAUCAUAUACAUUUUAUAGAGGUACGGAAUAUUGCAGAAUUGCAAACAUGUGUUAUAUGAUAGAUUGCCUGAGAUAUUGACUUAAUGUUGAACAAUUCUCUGGUUUCUAACAUUUCUAUAAUAUAUUGUAGAUUUCCUAAGAUAUUGAUGCGCUGUUACAUGUCUCUAUGUAAAUUAUAGAUAAUAUACAGUAUUUGUCUGCAGAUAAACAGAUCCCACAUUCAUACCAAAACAUUAACAAAGACUUAAAGUAAUAAAUUAUUGCAUUAUCAGAGUAUUUUAUCAUCUAGUAUAGAAAAUUAUUAUAUGUAACAAAUGAAUUAUAUCUACUCUAUCUACAUCUCUGUUAUAGCAAUCCUACGACCAACAACACUUGCUUAUCGAGUUUAGAAAAGAUUGUUAUAUAACUUUACAUCUACUCACACUUCCCUUUUGUUAGUUAUUUCUAUGCCAGAAAAUCCUCUGUGUGGAGAAUGCAAUAUUUAUCAAACAUUUAUUGUAAAAUCUCUCUCGAAGAAGAAGAAUAAGAAUGUAUUUCGAAAUAAUUAAUGCAUUAUGGCU